AUGAGCAGAACAGACGAUUUCGACAAAGCCCGGAGUCUACACGAUGCUGGAGGAUCGGCCGAAGCCCUGGAAUUGAUCAGGAAAUAUGUGGAAGACAAGGAAACAGAACUCUCAGUUCGGGAGGUCGAGACGUUGUGUUAUAUUUUAACAGAAAAAAUGACCAGUGCCAGUUUCGAGUCGAAGAAAGAGGCUUGCUACGAAGCGAUCGAUUUAUUGGAAGGGAUAUCCAUUGCAAAAGAGCCUCGUGCAGCUGUUGCAUAUUCUGACGGGAUUUACGAUUGUUUUUCGAAAAUUAACCGAUCAGCCAGAGAGGAAGAACGGGAAAAUGUGUGGUGCAGGGCAAAGGAAAUGUACCUCGAGCUUUUCAAAACCCUCCGGAAAACCUACAAAGAGAAAAAUAACCUGGAAAGGUUAGAGAUCUACCUCGGAUUUGCCAAGCUCGGUAAAAGUUACUUAGAUGUGGUGGACGAGGACUCUUUGAAUAUUUGCGAAGAAGCAGCCCAGGAAGCGAAAUUCUGUGGACCAACAGGGCUGGCAAAAGAGGACUGGAAUGAGAUCAAACGCCAAGUCGAGCAGAUCAACAAGCUGUGUAAUGGAGCGCGAGAGGAACGGAAGUUGCUGGAAGACCAG